CACAAGUACCGCCGGGCAAAAUGGAGGAGCGGGAGCUGCGCCUUGGCUGGCGUUGCAGUAGGAGCAGAUAGCAAGAGAGCUAAGCCUCGGCGCUGCACGGUUCCUUCCCCUCCGCGUGUAAAUGACGGGGGGCGCUCAAGCUUCUUCCACCUGCGCUUAUCCUGACAGCGGCUACCCAGCGCGCGUCUCAUUUGCAGAGCGUAGAGAGCGGAGGCUGAAAAAAUAUGAGUGGAGGAUUAGCACCAAGCAAAAGCACAGUUUAUGUAUCUAAUUUGCCCUUUUCAUUGACAAACAAUGACUUAUACAGAAUUUUUUCAAAAUAUGGGAAAGUAGUUAAAGUUACAAUUAUGAAAGACAAAGACACACGAAGAAGUAAAGGUGUUGCAUUUAUUUUGUUCUUGGAUAAAGAGUCAGCACAGAACUGUUCUCGGGCACUUAAUAAUAAACAACUAUUUGGAAGAGUAAUAAAAGCAAGUAUCGCUAUUGAUAAUGGAAGAGCUGCAGAAUUCAUCCGAAGGAGAAAUUACUAUGACAAGUCAAAAUGUUAUGAAUGUGGAGAAAUAGGACAUUUAAGUUAUGCGUGUCCUAAAAACAUGCUAGGAGAGCGUGAACCUCCCAAAAAGAAAGAUAAAAAGAAAAGGAAAAAAGUAAUUGAACAAGAAGAAAUAGAAGAAGAAGAAGAAAGUGAAGAUGAGGGUGAAGAUCCUGCUCUUGACAGUCUCAGUCAAGCUAUAGCUUUCCAGGUACUAACAUAAAUAUUUAUUGCAUUA